GCAUACAUCCGCCUCCCGCUUUAUCCGAAAUCUCUAUCAUGUAUCGAGCAUCCAGACUCAUCCUUUCCGCGGCUCAAGCACGCCCAUCUGGGUCCUGCCUCUUGCAUACGACGUCUGUGACACGCAAGUCAAUGACGGAGAAAGUUUCUGAUGUUGCCGACACAGUAAACAAAAAACUCGGCAAAGGUUUGGCUUCUGCUAUAGAAGGAGGUGAGAAAGCGGCCACCGCUACCAAAGAUACAUUAUCUUCAGUAACAAACACGACGAAGGAAAAAGCCAGCGAGACCUCGAAAGUAGCCGGCCAAAAAAUUAAUCAGGCCGAAUCCGGAGCUCGCGAGGCGAAGGAAGAUGUGGAAAAGAAAUUGCGAAAAUAGUCAGUAUAGGUUGAGGACAAUGUCAAUGUAUCAGUAGUCGCCCCAGGAUAAUGUAGAACUAUAAUUUCCGUGGCAUUGGCAAUCGAUGAAUAUUAGCAGCUGGUAUAAAAAGAAAUGUCAGGAGUAAGUAGACGGGGAGGC